CUCCUUCCCAAAGCUUGGGCGAAUGGAGGAGGAGGCUGCGAGGAAGAGGAAGAUGCCGCGGGUCCCCCAGGCAGGUCCCAAGCUGAGGACGGAGAGCCUGGAGGACAAAUCCCCCCGGCAGAGCCUGGUGGGAGAGGCUGUUUUGAAGGGCUCCACGGCGCAGGAAGGCAGCGGGGAGGAAAAGGGCCGGAGAUCCCCCCGCAGGAGGGGCUGCAAAGCCAGCCCAGGGUGCUCUGAGGAGGAAAGAGCCAGCCUGUGCCGGGAAGGCGGCCGGAGCUUGAGGCGGAGCUGUGACCUGGUGGUCCCUGAGCAGCCUCCCAGCAGAGAGAAGCCCUUCAGGUGCUUGGAGUGUGGGAAGAGCUUCAAGAAGAGCACCAAACUCCUCAUCCACCAGCACAUCCACACUGGGGAACGGCCCUACCCAUGUGGGGAAUGUGGGAAAAGCUUCAGGGACAGCUCCUACCUCCUCAAGCAUCAGCGCAUCCACACUGGAGAACGGCCCUACAGGUGUGGGGAAUGUGGGAUGAGCUUCAGGUACAGCAGCAAUCUCCGCAACCACCAGCAGAUCCACACGGGGGAACGGCCCUAUUCGUGUGGGGAAUGUGGGAAGACCUUCAGGGACAGCUCUGACCUCCUCACUCAUCAGCGCAUCCACACUGGGGAACAGCCCUACACAUGUGGGGAAUGUGGGAAGAGCUUCAAGGUGAGCUCCAACCUCCGCAAACACCAGCGCAUCCACACUGGGGAGAGGCCCUAACUUCACCGAGAGCUCCGGCUUGACCCAACACCAAUGGACCCACCAGUAAGAGAAGCCCUUUGAGUGCCCCGACUGCAGGAAGAACUUCGGCCGCUGCCUCCACCCUGAAUGAACCCCCUGAUGGGGAGGCAACUCCUGGAGUCCAGUGACUGUCAGUCCAUCCCUUUCUACCACAAAGGGCCAGUCCCCUUUCCCAAGGGCAGGUUCUUCCAACAGAACCCUUUGUGGGGGGUGUGUGGAGAUUCCUGCCUUGACUGGGGACCCCCAAGGUCACUCCUGGAGGUUGAGAGCAGAGAUCUCCCCCCAAGCGUUGGUCUGGGGGAAUUCCAUCCAUCUCUAAUUAAGAAUUAUUGCUUUUGUGCCAACUUUAGUAGAAUUGCUUCAACAAUUGCUUUAGUGUAGAGCACUGUCCUAUCUUAUCCUGUACUCCUGGUAGUUUUAGUGUUUCUAUUGUACAGGAAAUAAUUCUGAUGAAGA